GGUUCUAAUUAAAGUGAGCAUAGCAUUUAACCCAAACAAGUCAGACUACAUCGAAGGUUUAUAGAGUGAGCAUAGUUUGGGCAUACAGCAUGGCCAGAAUAAUCUGUCUGAAGGGCAAACAAAGCAGUGACUAAGGGCGGUGCUCAACCGGUUUGUGCGCGGCUGUUAUUACAAAUAUCCGGUUUAGAUUCGAAGAUCACUCCGAUGGACCGCUGUGCAGAAACAGAACCAAUAAAAAUUCUUUUAUUUAAGCUGUUUUGAGCUUCAAACCUGAAUUCCACGUGCGAAUUAGGUGGUGGGAACCAAUUUGCAAUUCAAAUGUAUCCAGAAUCUUAGCCCAGCACUACCGUAGGGUUGACGUUUCCCUUGACCAGUGGAUUAGUACGAAACAGGAAACCAUUGUUUUGGUCGCGUAAAAAAGUUUCGCUUCUCAGUUUCAGUGCUGGUGCCGGUGCUGAACAUCAUCCCGCCUCAACCUGUACAAAGCAUUCGAUUGUUGCACCUUGUAAUGGUUUGAAGCUUUUUUUUCUGGCAGGAGCACUAGUGGUGGAUUUUUGUCAACCGAGAUCUCGACAGAGAUAGCACUUUGAAGUGACAGUUGCGUGAUUUGUUCGAACGCUUCGUUUACUACUUUCGUGAUUAACAGGUGAGGGUGUGCCGUGUCUCAAUUUUGAACCAUCUAAUUCAGUCUGCUCGAGGCUUUUGCACCGUAAACAAGUGAUCUGUGACAAGUGGCGCUAGAAAGCAUAGAUACUAAAAAAAGCUUUCAAGGGCGUGAUUGUGGACAACAUAUCGGUGGUUUGUGUCAAAAGUUUGCCGUUGAUCUUUGCUUCCUCCGUACGCGUACGGCUGCGGUGCUGCGGUGGUCUGAACGAAAGUGAAUAACUGUUUUAAACUGUAGUAAACACAUGAUACCUUAGCCCGAGUUCGUGGCCGAGUGAGCUCAUGCGUUUUUUGGUAUGAAUAAAACAAAAGCCAGAGAAAUGAUUGUGCUGUGAGAUAUCUUGUACGAAAUGAAUGCCUUCACUUUGUCGUUACACCUGGCGCAUUACAGUUUGUGAAGCUAAAAACUACAAGCGCGAUUCGUAGCUGAAGGUAGAAAACAGUGGAGUUAAACAUUGGGCAAUUGAUGGGGUGUGCAAGCGGAAAGCAGACAACCUGAAAUUAAUAAAUGUAAACUACAAAUUAUGCCCAUUAGCAAUUUGGUCUCAUUGUGUACACAGUGUUGUAGGUAUAUGUGUGUAGUUCUGUUACAGAAAAUACAUCUUUAUUCAUUGAAAUCAUAAUUCUAUUUAACAUUUGCUUGCAAAAGGGAAAAGUUUGAUUUACGGGUCUUCCGUUUCGCAAUUGAAAUGCUACCUUCUCUAAAAAUUGCAAAAUAAAACAUGUGAAAUUCAAAACUGGGAAUAAAAUUGCAAUAAGCUGGUGCAUUUAAAAGCAAAGUAAAUUGUUUUCAGUACAGUUCAAUGUAUCUUGUCAGACGGUAACGUCAUUUAAACACACUACGAAAGGAGAUCAUUGCCAAUUUUACAAAAUUUAAGGGUGCCAAAUAAGCUUCAUUUGGUUAAUCGGAAAUCUGACUUUUUUAAUAAUUAAAUUUCAGGAAAUUGGUGCAAAUAACAUAAUAGGCUCCUAAAAAUGCAUUUCUUGAAAUAUCUGUAUAAUUUAUAUUUAUAUUUAUGUAUAGUAUUUAUAGUAUCUAUUUAAUAUCACUUAAAUAAUUUUCGUAGGAUUCAUUAGAGGUAAUUUGGGAACGAUUUGUCAAAAAAGACCUUUUGUAUCACGUGAUUGGUGGAUAGUAAACCUGUUAUAAUCUACCGUUUUGCUAGCUACGGAGAUACGGAUGAGUAAUGCUGAUUAAAAUGCAACACCUGCAAUCGAAUUAAUCAUAAAAGCGCUUUUUUACUCUAUUUUUAACAUUACGCAGAACGGUCUGAAUGAUUGAUGAGUAUGAUACGAUUAAGGAAGGAACAAAAAGCACCAGACACUAAUUCUUAAUUUGUGACGCUUUGACGAAUGGCUCGACGGUUGGUUUGCAACGAUGUUCUAGUAGAGCGGAAACACGGGAAAGACCUUCAAUAAAUCUGAGCAUAACUUAACAAACUGGCAAACUAUUCCCCCCAAAGUUAAACGAACUUGUCCUUGAUGAGGCUCGCCUUGCUGCGAUACCCUCGUUACAACAGUCCAGUUUCAGCGACUGGUAUGGCUGUAUCGAACUCCAGCGCGACAUUUACAUACACCACCGCCAUGCGCUCCAGUCUCACCCAUCCACUGUGUCGAUGGCGUCAGCAUCCAAGUUCACGACAGCCUAUGAACGCAACGUCAUGGCCGAAAGUUUUGAAGGAAAGUCAUCCCAUAUAUCAGCGAACCAAGCGGCCGUGCCAUCGUACGCAACGGACAUAACGCAUCGUUAUCCGACGUUUCGUGACGAACCGUUCAAGACCGUGCACAAUUGGCUGGACGGCAAGAGGUACGACGAUGGUGCCGAGGGCCUGUGGCGAAUAAAUGACGAUCUGUACGAUCUUGAAGAUUUUGCCCAUACGCAUCCAGGAGGCGCUGAGUGGAUCCAACUAACCAAGGGUACGGAUAUUACAGAGGCGUUCGAAACGCAUCACAUCAGUCGCCGGGCAGAGCUAAUGCUACCGAAGUUCUACGUCCGGCGGGCCACACAACCACGCAAUUGUAGGCUAACGUUUCACGAUCAUGGAUUCUAUCGAACCCUCAAGCAGCGUAUCAGGGAACAGUUGGGCCGCGUGAAUCCCGCGCCAAAGGAACGCUCGCGCCAGAUAGUGGAUGGACUGAUAGUGUGCGUGAUGCUGACCGCCUACCUAGCCGUCAGGCUAGAAAGUUUCGCCUUUGGAAUAGUUUGCGCCAUCUGCGUAAACGCAACCGUAAUUGCGGCGCACAAUUUUCUACACCAGCGAGAUAACUGGCGCAUGUACGCGUUUAACAUUGCGUUUCUUAGCUAUCGGGAGUGGCGUGUAUCGCACGCCAUUUCUCACCACCUGUUCCCGAAUUCAGUGCUCGAUAUGGAAAUUUCGUCGUUCGAGCCCUUCCUGUGCUAUCUACCGUGGGCGGAUCUUAAGAACAGCUUCCAGCGGUACGGUUCCUGGUUCUAUGGGCCAUUUAUAUACGGCUCGAUCUUUCUGAGCGAGUACCUCAAGCGGUUGAUGGAUAGCUUCAGCCAAGGGAAGAACCGGUUUCAUCUGGACGAUCUAAUUCCUUUCCUGCUGCCCGCCUUUAUGUACGCCACCAAUCCGGAGCGCAUCGGUGUAAUUUUCCAACUGUGGCUGUUUGUGGUGUUGAUGGCCAGCUUCUUCUUUGGGCUUAUUGGACUGAGCGCUGGCCAUCAUCAUCCGAAAGCACUGCAUUCCGGCGAUUUAUUUCCUAAUGACAUGGAUUUUGGACUUUACCAGAUGGCCACAAUUGUAGAGCGAAGAGGUGUGGAGGGAUCGUUGUUGAAAGUGUUAACCACCUUCGGUGAUCACUAUUUGCAUCAUCUCUUUCCGACACUCGAUCAUGCGAUCUUGCCACAGCUGAAUGAUGUGUUUCUGGCUACGUGUGAAGAGUUUGGUGCGGGCAAACGGCUCAGUUCGUGGUUUUCGCAGUAUAUUGCACAAAAUUUACAACUAGCUCGUGUGCAGCCCAAACAAUAUCAGCCAGAAAUGAUGGCUAAUAGGGGAAAGACUAAACAUGAUCAGCGUGCAUAGUAUAUAGUGCUGAACCCAGCGAUCGUAAAUCGUUACUGUACUACUGUGCAUUGAAACAGCUUUUGAACGAACAGCAAAGUUGUUUUUAAAAGAGACAGCAAACAAUGCAGAGAGGAAUAAGAAUGUGCAUUGCUUCAUCAUUAUACUAUUAACUUGGGUUACACCAAAGGAAAGGUCGUAAACUAUGCAUAUGCGGAAUGAUUCAUAGCUGUAAUGUUUUUAGUCCCAAAACGACUUUAUUAAUUUUGCUGCUUAUUAUUUGCUACGGGAAAUACGGGUGACUAGAAUAUCCCAUUGAAGAGUGUAAAAUAAAGUGAUAACUUACAAUGAAA